AUGUCGGCAACUACCUUACUCAAGAGACGAUCGGUCUCCAAUUCAAACCCCGAGCUGAAGCCGAUUCCUGGCCCGAAGCCCUUGCCAUUGCUGGGGAAUCUCUUUGACUUUGACUUCAAUAACCUUACCAAGUCAUUGGGAGAACUUGGAAAAAUCCAUGGCCCGAUCUACUCCCUUACCUUUGGUGCAUCAACCGAGAUUAUGGUGACGAGCAGAGAAAUUGCACAUGAACUCUGCGAUGAAAGCCGUUUCUGCAAGCUUCCAGGGGGUGCCCUGGAUAAGAUGAAGGAGGUGGUAGGAGACGGCCUCUUCACGGCGGAAACAUCGAAUCCAAAAUGGGCUAUAGCACAUCGGAUUGUCACGCCUUUGUUUGGAACCAUGAGAAUCAGAGGCAUGUUUGAUGAUAUGAAGGACAUUUGCGAGCAGAUGUGUCUACGAUGGGCACGAUUCGGGCCAGACGACCCUCUGAAUGUCUGCGACAACAUGACUAAGUUAACACUUGACACUAUCGCCCUCUGCACGAUAGACUAUCGCUUUAACAGCUUCUAUCGAGAAAAUGGAGCCACGCAUCCGUUUGCAGCGGCCGUGGUAGAUGUCAUGACAGAAUCCUUCACUCAGAGCAACCUCCCAGACUUUGUAAACAACUACGUGCGGUUUCGGGCAAUGGCCAAGUACAAACGACAGGCUGCCGAACUGCGUCGACAAACAGAAGAGCUGAUUGCUGCUCGGCGACAAAAUCCAGUUGAUAGAGACGACUUGCUCAAUGCAAUGCUGAACGCCAAGGACCCCAAGACAGGAGACGGUCUCAGUCCUGAGUCCAUCGUGGAUAACCUACUCACGUUCCUAAUUGCCGGACACGAAACUACAUCAAGUCUCCUGUCGUUUUGCUUCUAUUAUCUCCUCGAGAACCCAGAUGUGCUUCGAAAGGUACAGCAAGAAGUCGAUACAGUGGUGGGUUCUGACACUUUCACCGUCGAACACCUUUCAAACAUGCCGUAUCUUGAAGCUGUCUUGCGUGAGACAUUGCGGCUACGUGAUCCCGGUCCAGGAUUCUACGUCAAGCCCCUGAAAGAUGAUGUUGUGGCUGGAAAGUAUGCGGUCAAGAAGGACCAGCCACUGUUCAUUGUAUUCGACUCAGUGCACCGUGACGAGAGCACGUAUGGGGCUGACGCUGAUGAGUUCUGCCCCGAGCGCAUGCUGAAAGACAGUUUCGACAAGCUGCCGCCUUGCGCAUGGAAGCCCUUUGGCAAUGGCGUGCGUGCCUGUGUCGGGCGGCCCUUUGCGAUGCAGCAAGCCAUGUUAGCUGUCGCCAUGGUUGUGCACAAGUUCGACCUCAUCAAAGAUGAAUCCUACACGCUUAGGUACCAUGUCACCAUGACCGUUCGCCCAGUAGGUUUCAACAUGAAGGUUCGAAUUCGCCAGGGCCAACGUGCCACCGACCUAGCAAUGGGACUUCAUCAAGGACACGGCCCAGAGGCCUCGGCAGCUGCUGGUCGACCUUUUCUCAAGCGGCUGACUUCAGAGGCAAAUGAUGACAAAGACAAUGAAAGCAAGAUGGUUGUUCUCUACGCCUCCAAUUCAGGUAGCUGUGAGGCGUUGGCGUAUCGUCUUGCCGCUGAAGCCACCGAGCGCGGCUUUGGCAUUCGAGCUGUGGAUAUUGUAAAUAAUGCUGUCGACAGAAUGCCAGUAGGCAUCCCAGUCAUCAUUAUCACGGCAUCUUACAAUGGCGAGCCGGCAGAUGACGCCGAAGAGUUCGUGACGUGGCUGAAGUCACUGGAAACUAAUCGUUUAAAUGGAGUCAAAUUUACUGUCUUUGGAAACGGGCAUAGAGAUUGGGCAAAUACACUAUUUGCAGUACCGCGCCUCAUUGACUCUGAACUCUCCCGCUGCGGUGCUCAACGUAUUACCCCCUUGGGAGUUUCAGAUACUUGUGAUUCCAACGAUCCUUUUUCUGAUUUCGAAAGAUGGAUUGAUGAGAAACUAUUCCAGACGCUCGGAACACCCCAUGGCCUGAGCGUGAUGAAGAAUGGAGAUGGGGCUGGGCCACGGGAAGCACUACAGGUUUCACUGGGUCAGCCGCCACGAGUAACUAUGCGCAAAGGCUACGUGCGCGCCAUAGUGACAGAGGCACAUUCACUUUCAAAUCCCGGCGUCCCUGAGAAGAGACAUCUUGAGCUUCUUCUUCCCAAGGACUUCAACUACAAAGCUGGGGACCACGUGUAUGUCCUGCCACGAAACAACUCGCGAGAUGUCGUUCGAGCGCUCAAUUUCUUCGGGCUAGGCGAGGACACUCUAAUAACCAUCAGAAACACUGCGAGAAAAUUGAGCUUGGGCCUACCAUUGGAUGCACCUAUCGGGGCUACAGACCUCUUGGGUGCGUACGUAGAGCUUGGUCGUACGGCAACCUUGAAAAACCUCCAUACCCUCAUUGAUGCUGCUGGUCAUGAGAGAAGAAACAGAACCAAAGCUUCCCUCUUGAGUCUUGCUGCAUCAGACACAUUCAAAGCAGAGAUUCAAGCCAAGAAUGUGUCCAUCCUGGACCUCCUGGAGCGAUUCCCUGAUAUUGACCUGUCUUUAUCUUCUUUCUUGUCAAUGCUUGUUCAGCUUCGGCCAAGAGCCUAUUCCUUCUCCUCUGCGCCUGACUGGAAGCAAGGACAUGCGACACUUACCUAUACUGUCGUUGACUUUGCUGAUUACAGGACUCAGGAAAUGAACGGUGAUAGCAAAGGCAAGGCUGCAGGUAGUGAUAUGGUGGUUCAUCGUCAAGGUCUAGCAUCAGGCUAUCUCUCGAGCCUUGGUCCUGGAAAUAGCCUUUACGUUUCGCUUCAUUCGGCAUCACCAUACUUCUGUCUUCCAAAGAACAAUUCUCUGCCAGUAAUUAUGGUCGGCGCCGGUACUGGACUCGCUCCGUUCAGAGCCUUUCUACAGGAGCGUAGGCUGGCUGCUGAAGAUUCCAAAUCGAAGCUUGGGCCGGCCCUCCUGUUUUUCGGUUGUCGAGGACCCGGGCUUGACUCUCUGUACUCGAUUGAAAUGGAAGCCUACGAAGCCAUGGGCAUCGUGCAAAUGCGAAGAGCCUAUAGCCGUGACCCUUCUGCCACAGGUGCCCAAGGCUGCAGGUACGUUACUGAGAAGCUCGAAAGAUGUCGAGAUGAAAUUGUUCGCCUCUGGGUGGCCGGCGCCAAGGUCCUUGUCUGCGGAGGUAAGAAGAUGGCAAAUGACGUGCAAGAGGUUCUAGGGCCGAUCCUAUUGGAAACUGAUCAGAACAGAGGGGAAACAGCAGCAAAGACGGUUGUAGAAUGGAGAGCAGGGUUGGACAAGGGGAGAUAUGUAGAAGAAGUUUAUGUGUAG